AUGUCUUCUUGGUCUGGGUCAACCCAAUACACAACUAUUGAUAAGUUUGUUUAUAAUGCCAAAUGUAUGUCGCUAGCUGAAGUGGCAAAGUUAAAACAGGAAUCUGUCUGUGUAACUGUGGCUACUACUUUGAAAUUUGCUGUUUCCAAAUAUGGAUGGUUCUACUAUGGAUGCACCGGCUGCACUUUGAAGGCUCCCAAUCCAGAUAAUCCGUUUAAAUGUGGAUGUGGUGAAAAUGUUGUGAAACCUGUACCAAGGCACAAGGUUGAGAUUCAUGUAAUUGAUGGAGAAUCCAAGUUCCGCUUUGUAUUUUGGGAUACUGAUUGCUUUAAUAUCAUUGGAAAAACAGCCGACGAUAUGCGCAAAUCCAUGAUAGAGAAUGGUGAAGAUGAUCCUAUGGUCUAUCCAGACGAACUUGACGUACUUUUGAAAAAGAGAUUUGCUUUUAGAGUUAAAGUGCAGCCAAACUUCAAUCAAGGAUCCGUUCAGAAACUUUUAACAGAUGCAUCUUCUGUUGAUCAGAUUUUAGAAAACUACAUCAAACAGCAAGAUGAGCAAACUAAAGACAUUAAUUUCAACAUUGCUGGUAAGGAUCCAAGAAAGGAAUAUACCAUUGAUUUCUCAGCUCAUUCACUUUCGGCAUGUGGAGAAAAUGAACCCGAAAUUAACAGUAUAGUCACCCCAACAAAGGCGAAGUCAACAAGUGCACCAGACGGUGAAAAUGAAUGUGAGUUUGUCGGAGCUACACAGUACUCGGGUACCAAACCCCUAAAAAAAGUGAAGAUAGAAGGAACCAACUGA